GAUGCAACAACUCAACUGAAUUAUCCAAUUAUGGGAAAUGGAACAGAAAAAGGCGCCUACUUCGCCAAGGAAUGUGCCAACAUAUGGCCCUGCAACUCUCUCUUUAGUUCCCCAUCAAUUUUUCACCCGCAAAACCAGGGAAUUAUAUGUUUCCUUCAUCAGAUUUCAUUGUCCAGUUCCAUUUUUCGCUAUCUUCCCACAUACAUUUAUUCAUCUCUAGCUACUUCUAUUUCGCAUGGCUCCUAGUUUUGGCAACAACCCUUUCAAUGACGAUGAAGUGAACCCAUUUUCCAAUCCUUCGAGUGUUCCUCCUGUUGUCGCCACAAAGCUUUCGCCCCUCCCUCCUGAACGAGUGGACUAUGAUCGUGGAGCCACGGUUGACAUCCCUCUCGACAGUGAUUUCAAGAAGAAGGAGAAGGAACUCCAAGCUAAGGAAGCUGAAUUGAAUAGGAGAGAACAGGAACUUAAGAAGAGGGAGGACACCAUUGCACGAGCUGGAAUUGUUCUGGAGGAGAAAAACUGGCCCCCUUUUUUUCCAAUAAUUCAUCAUGAUAUUUCCAAAGAGAUUCCAAUCCAUUUGCAAAAGCUGCAGUACAUUGCAUUCACAACAUUGCUUGGUUUGGUUGUGUGCCUCUCUUGGAACAUUGUUGCAGUUACCCUAGCCUGGAUUGGAGGAGCAGGCCCCACAAUCUGGUUUCUUGCUAUAAUUUACUUCAUUUCUGGCGUUCCAGGAGCGUUUGUAUUAUGGUAUCGCCCUCUAUAUCGUGCUAUGAGGACUGACAGUGUUCUAAAUUUUGGCUGGUUUUUCUUGUCUUACAUGCUACAUAUUGCAUUUUGUGUCUUUGCUGCUGUAGCUCCUCCUAUAAUUUUCAAGGGGAAAUCUCUCACUGGAAUAUUGCCUGCUGUGGAUGUUUUAUCAGAUAACCUCUUAAUUGGGAUAUUUUACCUAAUUGGAUUUGCAUUUUUCACCCUUGAAUCACUUCUCAGCAUCUGGGUCAUUCAGCAAGUUUACAUGUACUUCCGUGGAAGUGGCAAGGAGGCGGCGAUGAAGCGCGAUGUUGCAGGAAGGGCGAUGAUGGCCGUCUUUUGAUGUACUCGAAGAGAUGAAA